UUAACGGUUGUAGCUUCACAGCACUGUUUACACAAAUCUCCAUCCACGUUGCCGCUAUUUUCCCACCCCGCCCAUCAACUGGGAAUGGACAGUUUUGGGAAUUACCUGCCGUGACCCCACCAUACUACCUGAUGGAGGAUAACCACAUCAGCUUGCAGAGCGAUAGUUGUGACCCGGACAGGCCAGCUCAUCCUGGGACUUUCCCAACCUGCGAGGCCGGGAAGAGCGACCACCAGCCGGCGGAACGUAGCGUUGACUUCCCAGUGUCUGUGGUUCUCCCUGCCGGCGGCACCGGAGAGAGAACCGGACUACAGACACCGAAACAGUUCUGCUCGUUUCUGGGUCGGCCGCUCAUAAGCUAUACCAUCCAGGCUUUCGAGAGGGUGUCAUGGAUCCAGAGCAUUGUGGUCGUCGUUGCCAAAGAAAGCAUUAACCUGAUGACGGACAUCGUCCAGCAUUUCCAGCACACGAAGGUUCGAGUUGUGCCAGGCGGCUCCACUCGUCACAGGUCGAUAUGUAACGGAGUCCUGGCUCUGGGCGAGGAGGGGGAGGAGAGACCGGCAGCGGACAGACCGAAAGUGGUCAUCAUCCACGAUGCCGUGCGGCCUUUUGUAGAGGAGGAUUUUUUGUACAAAAUAGCCAUGGCUGCCAAGGAACAAGGGGCAGCAGGAGCUAUCCGACCUCUCGUUUCCACGGUGAUAGCCACCACAUCAGAGGGCUACAUGGAUCAUUCUCUGGAGCGAGCCAAGUACCGAGCCAGCGAGAUGCCUCAGGGAUUCACAUAUGAUGUCAUCUCUCAAGCGUAUCAGAGGUGCAGCGAAUCCGACUUUGAGUUUGGCACCGAGUGUCUCCAUCUGGCCCUGCAGUACUGUGGCACCACUGCCAAGCUCAUCCAGGGUCCGCCAACGCUGUGGAAGGUAACCUACAAACGGGAUUUGGCAGCUGCGGAGUCCAUUAUCAAAGAGACUCUGUCCCGAUCGGCCUGUGUUAUCACAGGUGGAUCUGCACAAGCUGUCACUCUGGCUAAUGCCCUCCAGAAGGCCGUUGCAGCUCUCGACAUGGAGCUGGAUGUCAUCCCAGAUCUAACAGGAGAAAACAGCAGGUAUCUGUUAAAGGAGCGGAACUUCAUCCAGGUUUCUGUCAAUCGUUCUUGCCUGUCUGAAGUGGAGGCGAUACUGACGGAUUUGGAGGCAGCGAAUCAGGCUCUCCUCCACCCGCUGGUGGUCAUUUGGGUGCAUUUGAGCGGUUCAGAUGAGCCGUCCGUCGGCGGGAGAAUGGUAGAGCCAGCAGCGAUCAUGGACCUGGCCUCAGCAGCUAAACUCCGAAAUAUUCUCCUGUAUGGCAUCCAGCUUCAUCCAUCAAAGGACACGGAGCGUUGGGAGAGGUCAGUGUUGAGGGUCGCUGAUAUCACGUCAGCCCUGAUCAGGGAGAGGAGCCACGCCCUGGUGGGGCAGCUUCUGCAGGCAUGAAGGGAAGUAGCACCAAAAGAAACAUCCCUCAGCAUGAUUCACGAGCACUGCAGGGAUGAGACGCUUCUUUCCACCCUCCUUUUUUUUUUUACAGCAAGGUUAAAGGGAUAGUGCCACGAUUAAGUACUGACAUUUGUUAAGCGUGAUGCACAUAGCUGGUGCAUUAACACCACGGUAGCUGUUUAGGCUAGAAAGACACAAAAACUAACCAUAUCUCGAAUACAUUUAGGAUUAUAGUGGGCAUGUUCUAUUACACUCGUGUUUCAGAAGCGUCGGUGUCUGCUGACACUUACAUGAACACACACGACGGUCCGACUGCACUGGCUUAUUUUACUGACAGUGGAAAUGUUGCUGAACUAGAACUGGUCAGUAACUGGAUGAACCACUUUACAUAAAGAUCUGUAUAUGGAUCUUUAUGUGUGAAACAGACAAUCACGGUUUUGGAAAGUUAAAUCUCCUACAUCUCCUCUCCACGUUCCUGCUCCAUGUUCAAUGCCCGAGCCUCCGCGACUACUUCGCUCAGAGCAAUUGUCAAGCUGUCAAUCAUGAUGUCACACCCCCUUUUUUAUAGCAUCAAAAAUGUAUUAAAACCAAACUUAUUAGAAAAAUGAACACUUGAACAUACACCAGCAGGAUAAAACCAUUUUUAGGAAAGACUUAUUUGACGUGUACUAUGAUUUUUUUUUAGUUUGGCACAUGUCCCAUCUGCUAACAUAGAGGGUGACCUUACUGACCUAUACUGCAGCCAGCCACCAGGAGGCGACUGAGAUGUUUUGGCUUCGUUUUUGGGGAGCUAUCAUGUCGUCCAUCUUCUUAUGCAGUCUAUUGUAAACGCCCACAUCUUUUAAACUCAAUGCCCCGUUGUUACUACAUUGUAACACAAGCUUUCUGGUAAGAAUUGGUUGUGGCAGAGAAAGAUUAAUCUAGUCUUUACUAUAAUCAAUCAAUCUAUUCUAAAAACCUGUCUUAUUUGCGGAGCACAAUUGACAAAUGAAAGAGAAAGUUAAAUCUUCUGUCCACAUUUCUUCUGUACAAAAACUGAUAGAGACUUGUGUGAGAUAUUUAAACUGAAAAAUAGUCAACACAUUUUUAAUACAUUUCAAAGCCGCUACAUUUAUUUGGUUUUGGUUUUACUGGGAGUCUCCCAGUAGUAGUAUUAAUAGACAACACAUACAAUCACAUUGGGUCUUAAAAAUGACUAUAAACAAUGAGACUAUCAUUAAAAAAAAAGUGUUAUUCACAGACAGUGCUUGCUCAAGAAAGAGGACAAAUUAAGAUGUAAUGCGACCUGUUCUCUACAAGUUAAGUGAGUGAUUGAGGAGAAUUUGGGGUUAAUCAUCUGUAUCAUAGUAACUACGGCUUGUACCACUGGAUAAAGCUGCUAAUGACUGAAAACAUAAUAUGUAAUAAGAGGGUGCUUAUAUUUUUGUACUCCAUUAAAAAUGUAUGGCAAGUAUGGCAUAAUAAAGAUGUUUCUUUCUUCAUAUUCUUCCCUACGAGUGCUAAUUUCAGGAAAAAUAUUAAAAUAUUACAAAAUA